GAAUUCCCCAGGACUUUCCAGAACUCAGCUGUGGGUUGUUCCUGAAAACAAAUGCUGUAAACAAAACACUUUCAUUUCUACACAGAACAACACAUCGACAACACAGCACAGAUAUUUACAGUGAGAAUUUUUUCUCACUCAAACAGAUCAGAUGAAACGUACUAGAAGAACCAGGAAAACUUUGAAAAAGGCUGGUAUGAACACAAAUAAGGAAGAGCCGAGAAGUGUGAGACAAACAGUUAUACGGUGGGGUGCAAGAAGAAAGACAACAAUGGGAGCUGGUAAUUCACAGGAGUACAAUCUGACUGAUGAUCUUGGCCAGGAGGGAAAUAUUUUAAAGGCAUGUUCUCCUCCCUCACAAACACUAUCACUAGUGGAUAAAACCGUCAACACUUCUGCAUCUCAAAAAGAUGGAAAAAACUCAGAUCCCACAAACACAUGCCCGGUUUGUUCCUCUGCACUGAAACCUGCAUGUAUAAAAGGGUCUACUACUAGUGGACUGCUUCACUGUACUCAAUGCCUGACCACUCAGCUCCUGUGUGGCUCCUGCCUCUACCCCUGCACUUCUGCUGGCUGCACUAACAAGCUGUGCCCCCUCGUCUCCACACUGCUAACCUGUGAAGUGGUAUCAGAUCCAAAGAGUAAAGUGUACGGUUGUCCAAUGUUCAGAGCCUGUCCCAAGUGUCACAAUCUGAUUAUGCAUGAAGAAGGAUGCAAGUUUGUAAGAUGCUGUUAUAGAUUCUGUUUCAUCUGCUUACAAGAUGAGUGUAGCAAGGACGCAGCUAACUACUGGUCACUAACUUGCACAAAGCAGAGAGCAGAAAGGCAGAGAUUUUUUUUACCACAAUCCUGAACAGAGAUUCAACUAUUUUCGAAAAUGCAAAUCCAAGAUUUGUCAGUAUACAGAAGUGGACAAUAACUGAAUUACAUUCACAAACUGAUUCAGGCUACAAAAGUAUAAUAUAGCAUUGACCCCAUACCCCUGUACUUUGAACCUAUGCUUUGCCUUACAUCUGACCUGGACUUCGGUUAGCAGACAUAACAACUCAAGUAUGGAAAUGAUUAUUAAACGGCACAUCCUAUACAA